CAAACAAUCAUAUGGAAAAGGAUCAGAUCUUGGAGUCGAUAUGUAUCUACUGAUGCAAAGGUAUUUCAUGUGCUUUCUGGUUUUGGACAUUUUUAAAUAGUUUUGAUUGAUUUUUCACCUGGAUUUUGUUUUUUUCGAAUUCUAAUUUUGUGUGAUGUUUAAGGAUUCUCACCAUAUGAUUACAACACGUUAUUUUAUGCAUUGGUUUUUCUUGCACUUUAUUUUAUAAAUUGUAUUUUUGUGAGUUCUCAGUUAAUGCAAUGGAGUAUCAGCUUGAUGAAUGUAUUAAAUGGAUACAGGAUAAUGGCUACGAAUCACUUGCUGUUCAAUUGGAUCAACGAUCUAUCGCUAAAUCUAUUGGCUUAAUCAUGUGCCUACAGUCAAAAUUACCAUCGGUCAAAUUCAGUCUCAUAGUUUCAGAUUCGUGUUCUUUUGAUCUUCUUGCUACUCAGCAUUUGGGAGACGGAAUGGUUGACGGUCUUAUUAAAUUUGGUGAUACAUGUUUGGCUCCAGUCUCUCGUGAUAUUGAUGAACUUCCUAUUUUUAUGAUUUUUGGUGAUUUUGUGGAUUCAAGUCAAUGGCAAUUUACUGUUGACUCUAUUGAAGAGCUUAAAAAAACUACUAAUCCUGAUAAUAAUGAUAAAUGGCUGGUUUUAUUUAGCACGAAUCACGUUGAAUUGGUUAAAAGGCUUACCAAUAAAUUAUCUUGGUUAGAACCGGCUAAACUUAUUAACUUUUCAUUCAAUUGGGAGUUCACCGAAAGCCAUAAAGAUUUUAUUCACAAAGAUGUCAAUGCUAUUUGUCCUGAUUUUGGAGCUUUCAGGAUUCCGAAUGAUUUUGAUAAAUAUUCUAAAAUUUUAUUUAUCGGAUCACAACUGAACCUUUAUCUGAGGCUAGUCCCUGGUUUGACACAUAUUGAUCCAGAAAAAAGAAUUGUUGAAACACGCCAGGGACAAAAGUUACUUUCUAAAAGAAUUGGUUUAAUCGAAAGAUUGAAAAGAAAGAAGACACUCAAUUUAGGAUUCCUGAUUACUAAUGCAUUUCCUUCGAUUGAUGAAUACAUGGAAAAGACUGAAAGAAUAAAAAAGAAAAACCAUAAAAUAAACAGGAUUCUACUGAUAAAUUCAACGGAUGAAUGUAAAUUAGGAAAUUUUGCCAAUCUUGAUGCCUUUGUUUUGAUUAAUGGAUGCAAGUGUACGAAAUUUAUCGAUAAAUUAGAUUUACAUUUACCAAUUUUAACUUAUAAAGAAUAUGAAAUUCUUUGUGGUUGUAAAACUCAAUAUGGUGGCGUUGAAUGGAAUCAAGAAAACUCAAUUGAUGAUGAAGAGGAUGAAACGACCGAAUUGUCUACAAACGAACAAAAUCAACUUAUCGAGUCAGAAGUUCUGGUUAAAGAUACUUGGUAUGGAUUAACAAUCAAUCCUGCUUACCAACCUCUAUCUUUUGCGAAACAUGGACAAUCUGGAAAAGCUUCUGGAUAUUCAAAUGAACCAAUUUAGUCUUGUGAGAAUCGUUUCUACUUUUUCUAGUUUGUAUUUUUCUAAAUUACCAUUUAGAUUUGUUAAAUGUUUAUUAACAUCA